AAUGUGACCUGGACGGAUGAUCUGCCACUUGCCCUGUUCACUAGUCUAGUCUGCUCAUGAGGUCAGUCUCAGACAUCAGACUCGUCUCUACCCGAGACGUGUGGAAGCGGUGCGUGAUCUGGUUCUCAUGUGGAUCUGGUUCUCGUGGGAGAGCCGCCAUGACGAUGAGCGCCGUUCCCUUGGAAACACGCUUUCUGAUUCCUCUGCUCAGAGUGUUUCUGUCGCAACUGUAAAAACUGAUUUAAACUGCAGCUUUGUUCAUAUUAAAUCAUAUAUGGACAUAAUUUUAGUGACACAAUAUCACUCAUAUUUUAUUUCAUAUUGUUGUAUAUUAUGCUUUUAUAAUGAGCCGUUUAAAGGACUGUAAAAUCUUCAUGCUCCGCUGAUGAUGAGCAGAUUGUUUCCAGAGUCUCCUGAUGAAGAUCUGAGAGGAAACAGAGGAACCACCAUGAACUGUUCCUGUCACUGCAGUCCAAACAGUGCAAGGCAUGAUGGCUUCAUUAAUGAUCAGUCGGACUCUGUCUCCAUCUGUUGGUGAGAAGAUGCAGCACAGGAACAGUGUCUUCAGCUGCACAAAGGAAAAAAGAUGACGAGCACAGGCACGCAGUGAUGCAGGACCUGAUGGGUCCCCUGAUGCAGCUCUGCCUGGAGGCCCUGCUGGGAGAACAGCCACAGCUGCUCAAUGGAAAGCAGGAUCCUGCUCGAGUUCGGUUCCGAUAUGGGCAGUAAAGCGUUACCGGCCCCGAUCCCGCUUCACCCGGCGCUGCAGCUCAACUACACGUUCCUGCAGACGCUCAACACUUUCCCCGCGGCCGUGGAUCAUCUGUACGGGCUGAGCUCGGUCCAGAGCAUGCAGAUGAACCACUGGACUCUGGGCUACCCGCACGUUCAGGGCCUCGUGGACCCUCGCUUUCCGUUCUCCGCGGCUCUUCCCUUCGCCGCGCAUCUUUUCCACCCCAAACACGGAUCCGUGACGCGCGUCGUUCCCGCGCUGCACAAGGACAGACCGAGAUUCGACUUCGCCAACCUCGCGCUGGCGGCCACGCAGGAGGAUCCGCCCAAGCCCGGCGAUCUGUGCAAACUCAGCGGCGAACUGGGCAAACUGUCCCCGGACCGCAAGCCCGCGCGCGGGAGACUCCCGUCCAAAAGCAAAAAGGAAUUUAUUUGCAAGUUUUGCGGGAGACACUUCACGAAGUCCUACAAUCUGCUGAUCCACGAGCGCACGCACACGGACGAGCGGCCGUACACCUGCGACAUCUGCCACAAGGCCUUCAGGAGGCAAGACCACCUGCGAGACCACAGAUACAUUCACUCCAAGGAGAAACCGUUCAAAUGUCAGGAGUGCGGGAAGGGAUUUUGUCAGUCGCGAACUUUGGCGGUUCAUAAAACGUUGCACUUGCAGGAAUCUCCUCACAAAUGCCCCACAUGCGGAAGAACCUUUAAUCAAAGAAGUAACCUGAAAACUCACCUUCUCACCCAUACAGACCUCAAGCCUUUCUCCUGCGGCCGCUGCGGGAAGGUGUUUCGGCGCAACUGUGACCUGCGACGCCACAGUUUGACACACACACCACAGCAGGACUACUAACUAACUAGAGAACUAACAAAUCAAACUCUGAUCUCGAGCCUCUGGCGGACAGACAGACACGAGGAGACGUCAAGCACCUAAACAGACUCUGUGAACUCAUGUAAAUAAAGUGUUUAUUGUUAUUUUUAUUAUUACCUGCAUCUGAACUCGAAGUCUUUUCGAUCUGUGUUCACAUCUGGAGUGAAUUCAUUGUAUAUUAAAGCAGACUGCUCAAAAUGAGCACAGGAUUGGUGAAAUAAUCUGUUUCAGCAAAGACAAUAAAGUAUGAUGAGAUGAGACGCUAUAA